CUUCCUUCACAGUCGCAUGUCUCUCGAUUCCCAAUUCACUACUUCCCCUCGCGUUGACCACGCGUUGGCUGUUGAGCAGGCAGCGCGUUGGGUCACAGAGUUGUAUCGUCAUUUCGCUCAAGGUGUUGCCGCUUUGGAACAUUUCACGCUCCCCGCGGACUCUUUGAGAGGCUAUGAUGAGGGGCUGCGUUCGCUGCUAGAGUGUGCGGGUGCCCUCGAGCAGCAUCUGUGUGGGAUGCGUCUCUUCCUGCCUGACGAGGUCUCGCGGUCUGUCGUCGCGAUUAUCGUAACGCUUGACCACCAAGCUGCUCUGCUCGACUCCCGCGUUCCCAGUCCCUCAAUCGGCGCUCGCGCCGUGAUCGACGAAGAGCAACUUGAUAGCAUGGCGGUCUAUUUGGAUCGCGUUAUCGAGCGCAUCACUCUAGUUCAUGACUGGAUGAUGCCCGAGAAAUAUGCAAUGCUACAAGAAGCAGCGAAAAAAGCCUUCGCAGCGAUGCACCAUCGCCUCGCGAGCGGCCCCCCCUCCGGGAUACGGAGCGGGAGGGUCGGCCGCAACGCGCUGCCCCUGCCUCGGAUCACGGUGCCAUAUCCAAGAUGGGAUCAGUUCUCGGACUGGCCUUCUUUCAAGCUCGCAGCGUUCUUGCGGAAGUUGUCGCCAGACCUCUUUCCGGACAUACCUGACUCGGCGAUUGAGGCGGCGAACAACCUACACCCAAUGCCCCCACCCUCGGACACCAGUCAGCCGAGCAACACCGGCCCCUCUUCGUCUACGGGGGCAGGCUCACGUCACCAAGGUGCGUCCCGCAGGCAGCGGGACGCUGAUGGACCAGAGCGCCGCCACUCGUUCGCGUCCGACACUACAUGCGUCGACGAGUUCACCCUAGGUUUUCCCUCCAGACCGGCCGCCAAGCCCUACCGCUCGCCGAAAGAGCCCAUUCAGGCCUCGUCUUUCAAGCACACGCGCGAGCAGGGUGAAGGGGCUCCCCUGCGCGUGGGCACGAAGCGCCGCCGCUCGUCAGCGACCGCCCUUCCACACGUCGAGUCUUCGUCUCCCGCCCCCAAACGACCGCGCCGCGAGGUCCACGUGAGCAGCUACGGAACGCACGACUCAGCCGCCCUUCCAGUCGCGCUCACCGAUGAUGCGGGCCCUUCCACUUCGUUGCUUCUACCGUCUCGUAACGAUGCGAGCUCGCCGCCCAUGUCACGGGGCUCACCGUUUACCCCAUCGCCCAAGCAAUCCCCGCACUCGCGCUCGCCGCGCGAGUCGGAGGAUUUGCCUCCCCUAUCGUCGGCCACGACGAACCCUCAGCCGUCGACGCACGACCACUUCCUCAGCUUGCCAACUACCUCGCCACGCCUGCUGCUCCCCGAACCGUCUGAGAGGUGGCGCGUGGAGGACGUGGACGGCAAGUCGGUCAUCGACGACCUCGCCGCCGACGUGGAAGAGGUCAUUCAGGCUGUUCGGACCCCACUACCAAUCCCACCGCCGCCCUCUUCGCUGUCAAACAAGGCGAAAGGCAAACGGCGAUGCUUCGACAGUCUAAUCCACACGUUCAAGCAUGUCAUCCGUAGACCUUAGACGCACUCGCGGACUAUAUGCCUUGACAAUGCGCAUUCCCUCUCCGCACACUCAAUGUAGUAGUCCACGUAUAAUGCUGUACCCUAGUCCGAGUGACAUGCUGUAUACUUGUACAAAUUGUAACAUUAGUGUAGCAUACGUACGAUAGUGUCGAACUUCCUGACUUAUGCCUAUGUUGAGAUCAUCUAUAUGUAGUCGUCAUGCUGUCUAUGCAGUCACUUGCUUUCGUGCUUUCCAU